AUGUGGUUAAGCCAUUGGUACGUGAAAUGGACGAGAAAUCGCAAAUGCAUCAAUCGGUCAUUACGGGAGUCUUUGAGAACGGGUUUAUGGGAGCUGAGAUUCCUGAAAAAUAUGGCGGCCCAGGAUCUUCAUUCUUCGAUGCGAAUACUCAUCAUAGAAGAACUUGCCAAGAUCGAUCCGUCAGUAUCGGUAUUCGUUGAUGUGCAAAAUACACUCGUGGCCCCUUUGAUAAUGCAACUUGGAACCGAAGAACAGAAACAGAAAUAUCUUCCAAAAAUCUCCACCGAGUGGGUCGGCUCAUUUUGUCUAUCCGAGAGUGGGUCAGGAUCAGAUGCUUUUGCCUUGAAAACUACGGCCAAAGCAGACGGAAACGACUUUGUCAUUUCUGGAUCCAAGUUGUGGAUCACUAAUGCUGGCCAUGCCCACUUUUUCUUGGUAUUUGCUAACGCUGAUCCAUCCAAAGGUUACAAAGGCAUUACCUGUUUCCUAGUGGACAGAAAUCAGGAAGGAGUUACAGUGGCAAAGAAAGAGGAUAAAUUAGGAAUUCGUGCUUCAUCCACUUGCCCAGUUCAUUUCGACAAUGUGCGAGUGCCUAAGACUGCUAUACUUGGUGAAUACGGGAAAGGUAUGCUAGUUUUAUUCUCAUCCUCAGGCUUUCAUGCUCCAGCUUUUCUCCACUAUCUAAUUGCUGAGAGCUACAGUUAG